AACAAACAUGAAUCUUCAGUUUGGUUUCCAUAUAUCCAAGUUUUGCCGUCCUACUUCAACACACCAGCAUAUUUUUCACAGACAGAACUGACCUAUUUACCUAAAGCUGUCAAAUACAAAGCUUUAAUAGAGUGUAAAAAGCUGGAGAAAAGUUUCCAUGAAGUGGAAGAGUUAAGUGAAAAACACUGGAAUGAAUUUCAUACAUUGCUGACAUUUGACAUGUACAGAUGGGCUUGGUACGUGAUUAAUACAAGAAGUGUGUUUUAUCAGAGUGAACAAAGUGAAUAUUUAAGCACUGAUGAACCUGAUACUUUGGCAUUGGCACCGUUUCUUGAUUUAUUAAAUCAUUCUCCAUCAGCAAAUAUAAAAGCAGGUUUUAAUACUGGCACUAACUGUUACGAGAUUUCUACAAGUGACACAUACAAAGCCUAUGAUCAAGUGUUUAUAUGUUAUGGUUGUCAUAGUAACGAGAAACUUUUCUUAGAGUAUGGGUUUUGUGUACCUGGGAAUUGUAAUGAUACAGUAGAAGUCUUAUAUGAUGACAUACUGAAAGCAUGUAAUCAUUUUUCAAUCCAGCAUCUGUCCAAGAAAAUAGCUUUGUUGCAAGAACAUGGUUUAUUAAAAUCUUUGAUGUGCACCAAUGAAGGUCUGUCAUGGAAUCUUCUCUCUGUUUUAAAAGUAUUAGUGAUGGACUGGAACCAGCUUCAGAUAUGGAAUCAAGUGUAUACAAAUGAUGUAGCUUUUCCUGAUAUUAUUCCUGCAGCGAAAAAAUUAGCACAUUGGAUACUGCAGCAGUAUCUGGCAGAAAAUACACAGCACAUGAAACAUGUAGAAAAGAUAAUAUCAAAUGAUGACAACCCACAGCAUGUUACAAUUGCAAGACAACUUAUUUCUAUCGAGAGAGAUAUUUUAAUGACAUCAUUUCAAUAGUAUCUACAUAAAUAUGGAUUGAACUAUUUAAGUUAUAUUUAACAUUUAAAAGCACAUUAAAAUCAUAUUUUUGUAUUAUAUAGUAUAUUUUGAAUAAGAAAUAAAAUAUAAUAAAG